GAGCCGUGGAACGAUCUCAUUGGUCGUUGAAGUUUGUCGCGUUUGUCUUCUUCGUGAGCGUCCACAACAAGGUUUCUAUAAACCGUGUUGUCAAAAAUGUCUUCGGCGACAACAUUUUCAGGGAAAGACUCACACAAGCGUGUAAGGAGUCACAGCAACCCGGGAUUCCUGCAGCGAUUAGGUGACACGGCCGGAGGAACGCUCGUCGGCGUUGGACUGGUUUUCCUCUCCAUUUAUAUUCUCUUCACCAAUGAGGGACGAGCUCUUCGGACGGCGUCUUCCCUGGAUGAAGGACUCUCGCAGGUGGUGUCGCUGGGCACUUUCUCCAGCCACGACUUCCAGAACAACAACCGUUUGGUUCACCUGUCUGCACCGUUGCGCACCUCGAAGACUUUACACGACCCCAACUACGGCGUAGAAGUGCAGGCCGUCAAGUUGAAGAGACACGUGGAGAUGUAUCAGUGGGUGGAGUACCAGGAGAGCAAAGACUACCAAGAGAACGGCGAAACUAAAACGGAGACGACGUACACCUACAACACCGAGUGGAAAUCAGAGCUGAUCAACAGUCGCAAUUUUGAUAAAGAAAUUGGUCACCAGAACCCGAGCGCCAUGGCAGUCGAGAGCGUGACAGUUGUCGCUCCUCAAGUUCAAGUCGGACCUUUCACGCUUUCUGAAGGCCUGGUGGAGCAGAUUAAUAACUUCCAGACACUGAGCCUGACUGGUUUUACGUCCUCUGACUCGGAUCCUUUCCUCACCGUCCACGAUGAUUAUUUCUAUCACACUCGACAGCCGAAGAGGCCGGAGGUCGGAGAUGUCCGCGUGAGAUUCUCCUUCGCGGGACUCAGUGGCGACGACGGCCCGGCCCAAACUGUCAGCGUCGUGGCCAAGCAGAGCGGAGAGCGGCUGGUGCCCUUCAAAACCAAGUCGGGGGAUGUUCUGGAGAUCUUGUACCCGGAGGAGCUGUCGGCAGAGGAAGUGUUUAUGAAGGAGCGGCAGCAUAACAGCAUGAAGACGUGGGGACUCCGAGCUGCCGGGUGGGCGCUCAUGUUCAUCGCCGUUCAGAUGACCACCCGCAUCAUCUACACAUUGGUGGACUGGGUUCCGAUCCUGCGAGACCUCGUGUCCGUGGGCCUGAAGGUCUUCGCCUUCUGCGUGUCCUCCUCGCUCUCCCUCCUCGCCAUCGCAGCCGGGUGGUUCUUUUAUAGACCCUUGAUGGCGGCCGCUCUGGGGGCUUUGGCUCUCCUUCCUGUGCUCCUCGCACGCUCGGGACUCCCGGCCAAAAAGCACCUGUGAAGAACGAACCGGACGCGACGUUUCACCCACCGGAGCGGCGCGGCAGUUACGGGUAACCAUAGCAAUAAAGGGUCAAAUCUGCAAUAUAGCCAAACAUAAAAUUUUCCUAUUUUAAGACAGUAAAAUUGAGCUACCGUAAUUCCCGGCUUGCAGAGAGGACCUGGUUAUAAGCCUCGUGACAGAGUUUAACGCUAGUGUUAGCGUGGCGCUAACGUUAGCGUAGGGCUAGCUUUGGUGAAGCGCUAUUGUUAGCGCAGGGCUAGCGUUAGUACGGCGCUAGUGUUAAACUCUGUGUGUACCGAGGCUUAUAACUAGGUGCGCUAACGCUAGCUCCGCACUAACACUAGCGCCGCAUUACCCACAGGGUUGAAAGCAUGUGAAAAAAGUGGCGUUUUGUAGGCCGGAAAUGUCGGUAAUUGCACUAUUACUCAUGUAGUCCUAUUAUACACAGUAGGACAUCCUUAGUUGUAAAGAAUUAUGUUUUUUUUUUUUUUUUUACUGCAUUGCUGUGUUUCAUGUAUUUUUCUAUACAUCAGUGUAUGGCUGGGAGGUGGUGGUGGGGGGAUUAAAUAACUGCUAAAAAAAAUAGGUCGACCCCAGAUUUCCAAAAGUUCCAGCUGGGAAUUUUGACAUAGACAUUUAUUGCCGAUGAGCGCAGCUUUGGGCCAGUGAUAAACUUUGCCAAAAAGUACAAAGGGCCAUCUGUAAUAUUGAUAAAGUAUGAGUGAGCUGAAUUUUAUUUUUUUAACCCAACAUGGUCACUAAGAUUGAUAAACGUUUUGCAUUAUGUCUGACAUUCCAUACACCAAAUUUGUACCAUCAGCUCAGUUCCAACAUGUGCAGUUUAAGGCUUGAGGUCUAUCCCGCGUGAAUGAGAAUGAAAUGCAUGUUACUGGUUGAAAAAAAUAAAAAUUGUAAUAUGG